CGGCGUCCCGAGAGCCCGCGGCGCGCGGCGCAGCGAUGCGGUCCCCACGGACGCGCGGCCGGCCCGGGCGCCCCCUGAGCCUCCUGCUUGCCCUGCUCUGCGCCCUGCGAGCCAAGGUGUGCGGGGCCUCCGGCCAGUUCGAGUUGGAGAUCCUGUCCAUGCAGAACGUGAACGGGGAGCUGCAGAACGGGAACUGCUGCGGCGGCGUCCGGAACCCGGGGGACCGCAAGUGCUCCCACGACGAGUGUGACACGUACUUCAAAGUGUGCCUCAAGGAGUACCAGUUCCGCGUCACGGCCGGGGGUCCCUGCAGCUUCGGCUCGGGCUCCACUCCUGUCAUCGGGGGCAACACCUUCAAUCUCAAGGCCAGUCGUGGCAACGAACGCAACCGCAUCGUGCUGCCUUUCAGUUUCGCGUGGCCGAGGUCCUACACUUUGCUUGUGGAGGCGUGGGAUUCCAGCAAUGACACUCUCCAGCCUGACAGCAUUAUUGAAAAGGCUUCUCACUCGGGCAUGAUAAACCCCAGCAGACAGUGGCAGACGCUGAAGCAGAACACAGGGAUUGCCCACUUCGAGUAUCAGAUCCGUGUCACCUGUGAUGACUAUUACUAUGGCUUCGGCUGCAAUAAGUUCUGCCGACCCAGAGAUGACUUCUUUGGACACUAUGCCUGUGACCAGAAUGGCAACAAGACUUGCAUGGAGGGCUGGAUGGGCCCCGAAUGUAACAAAGCUAUUUGCCGACAGGGCUGUAGCCCCAAGCAUGGGUCUUGCAAACUCCCAGGUGACUGCAGGUGCCAGUAUGGCUGGCAGGGCGUGUACUGUGACAAGUGCAUCCCGCACCCGGGGUGCGUCCGUGGCACCUGCAAUGAGCCCUGGCAGUGCCUCUGUGAGACCAACUGGGGCGGCCAACUCUGCGACAAAGAUCUCAACUACUGUGGGACUCACCAGCCCUGUCUCAACGGGGGAACUUGCAGCAACACGGGUCCUGACAAGUAUCAGUGUUCCUGCCCUGAGGGGUAUUCAGGACCCAACUGUGAAAUCGCGGAGCACGCCUGCCUGUCUGACCCCUGCCACAACAGGGGCAGCUGCCGGGAGACCUCGCUGGGGUUUGAGUGUGAGUGUUCCCCGGGCUGGACGGGCCCCACGUGUUCCACGAACAUUGAUGACUGUUCUCCAAAUAACUGUUCCCACGGGGGCACCUGCCAGGACUUGGUUAAUGGAUUCAAGUGCGUGUGCCCGCCCCAGUGGACUGGCAAAACGUGCCAGUUAGAUGCAAAUGAGUGUGAGGCCAAACCUUGUGUAAAUGCCAAAUCCUGUAAGAAUCUGAUUGCCAGCUACUACUGUGAUUGCCUCCCAGGCUGGACGGGUCAGAAUUGUGACAUAAAUAUUAAUGACUGCCUUGGCCAGUGUCAGAAUGACGCCUCCUGUCGGGAUUUGGUUAAUGGUUAUCGCUGUAUCUGUCCACCUGGCUAUGCAGGCGAUCACUGUGAGAGAGACAUCGAUGAAUGCGCCAGCAACCCCUGUUUGAAUGGGGGUCACUGUCAGAAUGAAAUCAACAGAUUCCAGUGUCUGUGUCCCACUGGUUUCUCUGGAAACCUCUGUCAGCUGGACAUAGAUUAUUGUGAGCCCAAUCCCUGCCAGAAUGGUGCCCAGUGCUACAACCGCGCCAGCGACUAUUUCUGCAAGUGCCCCGACGACUACGAAGGCAAGAACUGUUCCCACCUUAAAGACCACUGCCGCACGACUCCGUGUGAAGUGAUCGACAGCUGCACUGUGGCCAUGGCUUCCAACGACACGCCUGAGGGGGUGCGGUACAUUUCCUCCAACGUCUGUGGUCCCCACGGGAAGUGCAAGAGCCAGUCAGGAGGCAAAUUCACCUGUGACUGUAACAAAGGCUUCACUGGAACAUACUGCCACGAAAACAUUAAUGACUGCGAGAGCAACCCCUGUAAAAAUGGCGGCACUUGCAUCGAUGGUGUCAACUCCUAUAAAUGCAUCUGUAGUGACGGCUGGGAGGGGGCCUACUGUGAAACCAACAUUAAUGACUGCAGCCAGAAUCCCUGCCACAAUGGAGGCUCGUGUCGUGACCUUGUCAACGACUUUUACUGUGACUGUAAAAACGGGUGGAAAGGAAAGACCUGCCACUCACGUGACAGCCAGUGUGACGAGGCCACGUGCAACAAUGGUGGCACCUGCUAUGACGAAGGGGAUGCUUUCAAGUGCAUGUGUCCCGGAGGCUGGGAAGGGACAACCUGCAACAUAGCCCGGAACAGCAGUUGUCUGCCCAACCCUUGCCAUAAUGGCGGCACCUGUGUGGUCAACGGCGACUCCUUCACGUGUGUCUGCAAAGAAGGCUGGGAGGGGCCCAUCUGUACUCAGAAUACCAAUGACUGCAGUCCUCACCCCUGUUACAACAGUGGCACCUGUGUGGACGGAGACAACUGGUACCGGUGUGAGUGUGCCCCGGGCUUUGCUGGACCCGACUGCAGAAUAAACAUCAACGAAUGCCAGUCCUCACCCUGUGCUUUUGGGGCAACCUGUGUGGAUGAGAUCAAUGGCUACCGGUGUGUCUGUCCCCCAGGGCAUAGUGGUGCCAAGUGCCAGGAAGUUUCGGGGAGACCUUGUGUCACCAUGGGGAGUGUGAUACCAGACGGGGCCAAGUGGGACGAUGACUGCAACACGUGCCAGUGCCUGAACGGAAGAAUCGCCUGCUCAAAGGUGUGGUGUGGCCCUCGGCCUUGCUUGCUCCACAAGGGGCACAGUGAGUGCCCCAGUGGGCAAAGCUGCAUCCCCAUCCUGGAUGACCAGUGUUUCGUCCGCCCCUGCACGGGUGUGGGCGAGUGUCGGUCUUCCGGCCUCCAGCCCGUGAGGACCAAGUGCACUUCUGACCCCUACUACCAGGAGAACUGUGCAAACAUCACCUUCACCUUCAACAAAGAGAUGAUGUCGCCGGGUCUUACCACGGAGCAUAUUUGCAGUGAAUUGAGGAAUUUGAAUAUUUUAAAGAAUGUUUCUGCCGAAUAUUCAAUCUACAUAGCUUGUGAGCCUUCUCCUUCUGCAAACAAUGAAAUACAUGUGGCCAUUUCGGCUGAAGACAUACGGGAUGAUGGAAACCCUAUCAAGGAAAUCACUGACAAAAUCAUAGAUCUCGUUAGUAAACGUGACGGAAAUAGCUCGCUUAUCGCAGCGGUGGCGGAAGUGCGUGUGCAGAGGCGGCCGGUGAAGAACAGAACAGAUUUCCUGGUUCCUCUGCUGAGCUCCGUCUUAACCGUGGCUUGGAUCUGCUGCCUGGUGACCGCCUUCUACUGGUGCGUGCGGAAGCGGCGGAAGCCCAGCAGCCACGCUCGGGCCACCUCGGAGGACAACACCACCAACAACGUGAGGGAGCAGCUGAACCAGAUCAAAAACCCCAUCGAGAAGCACGGGGCCAACACGGUCCCCAUCAAGGAUUACGAGAACAAAAACUCCAAAAUGUCGAAAAUAAGGACCCACAACUCGGAGGUCGAGGAGGACGACAUGGACAAGCACCAGCAGAAAGCCCGGUUUGCCAAGCAGCCGGUGUACACGCUGGUAGACAGAGAAGAGAAGCCCCCCAACGGCACGCCGGCCAAACACCCAAACUGGACAAACAAACAGGACAACAGGGACCUGGAAAGCGCCCAGAGCUUGAACCGGAUGGAGUACAUCGUAUAGCAGACAGUGGGCGCCGCGGCCGCUAGACUUGAAAAGAGACAGGCAGGUAUGGGCUACUCAGCAGCUGAAGGGAACAAGCCGAGCUCCGACGUAACGUAGCCAAAAUGUGAGUGGUUGAAUAUCAUUUAAAAUAUCAAAUCAAUUGUGUGAAGGUGGAAGUACACCAGUCUUAUUUUGUAAAUUCUGAUUUCUUUUCACCAUUCUCUGUAAUACUGAACCACCUGUAGAUUUGAUUUUUUUUUUUUUUGGUUAUCUACUGCAUUUAGGGAGUAUUCCAAUAAGCUAGUUGAAGACUUGAACCUUAAAAUGUCCAGUUAGAUCACUGUUUAGAUUUGCUCUAGUGUACACUGCCUGCCUUAAGUGAGGAAAUCAAAAUGCUAUUACCAAGUUGAAGACCCAAAAGGCUUCUAAAACAGAGGAAUUUCGUUGGUUCACCACUGAGACCGUGAAGAUACUUCGUAUUGUCCUAUUAGUGUUAUGAACAUAAAAAUGCAUCUUUGAUGUGUUGUUCCUGGCAAUAAAUUUUGAAAAGUAAUAUUUAUUAAAUUUUUUGUAUGAAACCUGGAACAGUGUGGCCUCUUCUGAGCUGACGAGCGGUGCUCGGGCCCUGCCCGGUGCCUUCGCCGCCUCGCCGGGUCUGUUCUGGUGAGCGGGGUGUGGUAGACGGGCUGUGCGUGACGGGGACGCCGAGGAAAUCCCGAAAGCCACAGAAUUCAAAGUUCUCAAACCACGGGCGCUGUGAAGCCGGGGCUGUGAGCGCCCCAUCUCGGGGGUGGGAGGGGCCUUGGUUCCCUUGUUAUUCAACAGCAAGUGUGAAUACUGCUUGAAUAAACACCACUGGAUUAAUGGCC